ACUUUCGUCUGAAGUCUCUAAAGAUAAUCCCAUGUCUUGAUAACCAACAAUGUCGUUGCCGUAUUAGCUUUGCUGUUUAGUAUUUUCUAAAGUACAUGUUCAUGGGUAGGAGGCUAGCUGGGAAAACUCUUCCAACGCCUAUUUUUCUAUUCACAAUACUCAAACUCAAUAUUGGCGGAGCAAGGCAACCCGUGGAUGAGCCCGGUGAUGCAGACGGUGAAGAAGAUGAUGUGGAGAGAGGUGCAGGGGAAUCCAACGGUAACGUCCAGCUCCAAGACCUUCAAGACGGCGACAGGUCAACGGAUGUAGUGCCUGACAGCAUAGAAAAUUUUGAAAAUUUUGAAUUUUUUGAAUUUUCAAAGGAGGGCGUAAACAGAGACAGGACAACGGACUUGGUUCAAAAGGGGGGGAAUGAUGUUGCUGAUGCAGGAUCCAAAAAUGAGGGAGGUUGUCUUUUGGGCUUGGUGGAGCAAAAUAACAGGAUGUCAUAUGGAGAGGUUGUUAAAAAAGGAGUUGGGUCAGAUCGUGGCCCAAAUGGUGAGGAUUCCGGUCUUAUAGCAAUGGGCCAAGAUACAAGAAAGGGAGAAAGCCCACUUUCUAUUGGAAGAAAUACUUUUAGUGGGAAUGACGCAGAGUGUUCGGGUCAAAAAGCCGGUGAAAGAAGGGGUACUUUGGAGAGCAGGACGCCUCGAUGCAGAGGAAGCAGAGAAGGAAAAAGGGGCAGGGGCGCCGGAGCAAGCAGCCAUCGGGGGGGGCAGAUGUUGCCAGAAUUCAUAGCAAACCCAAACGGUGCAGCAGCGGGCGAAUCUGUAGGGGACAGUGGGAUCCAGAAUUGUAACAGAUCCAUAAAGAGGAAGAUGCAACGGAAGCUUGCUAAGGAGAUUUGGGAGCUUGCCAAACAAUUAGGAGCAACGGCAGAUUGCGACGAGGAGGUGAUCUGCAGAAUUGAUGAAAUGGAGAAAAGAGAUAGCCUAGCCAAAGCUGUCACGGUGAAGAAGGCAGCAGGGAGUGCGAAGAAGAGAGCUCUGUGGGAGGAGUUGCACAAUCUGAUCUUAAAUAGGAAAGGCAACUGGUGUUUAGGGGGGGACUUUAACGCUGUCCGGAGCGCAGGGGAACGGGCAGGGUGCAAGGGGAUGUCCAGAGAAAUGAUAGAUUUUGACAGGUUCAUCUCUGAAUCUGGGUUGGUGGAUUUACCUAUGGUAGGGAGGAAGUAUACUUGGUAUAAUGCUAAUGGCAAAUAUAUGAGCAGGAUUGACAGAUUCUUGGUUUCAGAGGAAUGGCUUAUGAGAUGGUGCGAUGUAAAACAGUGGGGUUUGGAAAGAACAGUUUCAGACCACUGUCCAGUUUUAUUGAAGCAUGAGCGGGUGGACUGGGGACCAAAGCCUUUCAAGAUUUUUGAUGCUUGGCUGCAAGAACCUGGGUGCAAAGAGAUAAUUAGGAAUACAUGGAACUCUACGACAGUGGAGGGAUGGUAUGGCUUCAAGCUCAAGGAGAAGCUAAAAACAUUCUCGGAAGAAGAAAUCAAAAAUGCUGUUUGGGAUUGUGAAUCAUCAAAGUCUCCAGGCCCAGAUGGAUUUAAUUUCAAAUUUGUGAAGUGCAUGUGGGAAGAUAUAAAAUCGGAGAUUGCGGGCUUUAUUAGAGAGUUCCAGGAACAUGGAAGGCUUGUAAGAGGUUCUAAUGCUUCUUUCAUAACUCUAAUUCCGAAGGUAGAAAACCCGCAAAGGAUUGAAGAGUACAGGCCCAUUUCACUUAUCGGUGUUAUGUACAAGAUAAUUGCGAAGCUAUUAGCAAAUCGCCUCCGGAAAGUGCUGGACAAAGUUAUCGGGGAGCAACAGAUGGCAUUUAUCGAAGGUAGACAGCUGGUUGAUGGUGUGGUUAUUGCUAAUGAAGUGAUUGAUGAGGCGAAGAGGAAUAAGAAGAGAAGCUUCCUUUUCAAGGUCGAUUUCGAAAAAGCAUACGACAAGGUGUGCUGGGAUUUCCUAGACUAUAUGCUGUUAAGGAUGGGCUUCUGCAAUACUUGGAGAAUGUGGAUACGUGAGUGUCUACAAUCCAACACGGUCUCAGUACUGGUCAACGGAAGCCCGUCUAGACAAUUCUCAGUCAGCAAGGGACUUCGCCAAGGAGAUCCUUUAUCUCCCUUCCUAUUCCUGAUAGUAGCGGAAGGAUUAAAUGGUUUAAUGUCUUCUGCAGUUGAAAAAGAGUUAUAUAAGGGCGUGACAGUGGGCAAGGACGCGGUUAUGAUCACUCACCUUCAAUUCGCAGAUGAUACCAUCUUUUUUGGGGAUGCAACAGAAAACAACAUCAUGGUGAUUAAAAGUAUAAUGAGGUCUUUUGAGCUGCUUUCCGGGUUGAAAAUCAAUCUACAAAAGAGCCAACUUAUGGGCAUCAACGUCGAAGACAGCUGGGGAUGCAAAAUGGCCUAUAGAUUAUGCUGCAAAAAAGGGGAAUUCCCAUUUAAAUACCUGGGAAUUCCCAUCGGGGGAAGCCAUAGAAGGCUCACAAUGUGGCAGCCCUUGCUGGAGUCUUUUAAAAAGAAGCUGUCAAGUUGGAAGGGUCGGCAGGGUCGGCAACUCUCUCUUGGGGGUCGAAUUACGCUCAUCAACUCCGUGCUGUCCAGUUUGCCUGUGUUCUUAAUGUCAGUAUACCUUCUUCCAAAAGGCACUCUCAAAGCUAUUGAUAAAAUUCGCAAGAGUUUCCUAUGGGGUGGGGAGGGAGAAAGGAAGAGAAUUAAUUGGGUCAAUUGGAAAAAGGUAUGCAUGCCGAAAGAGUGCGGAGGGCUGGGAGUGAGAGACCUAGAGCAUUUUAACUUGUCACUGAUGGGUAAAUGGUGGGGGAGGCUAGCAGCAAAGGAGGAUGGAUUAUGGAGGAAAGUGAUUGCAAGCAAAUAUGGUGAGGGAGGGAGGCACUGGAUGGAUUGGGUUAGGAAUGGUGUAGGGGCUUGUUCUUGUUGGUGGAGAGAUGUCAGAAGGAUUGAUAAUGUAGAAGGGGAAAUUACAGGGUGGUUAACAGAGGGCUUUAGCUUGAAGCUAGGAGAAGGGAAGGGUGUAAGUUUUUGGUGGGAUGAGUGGAGUAGGGGUUUUUGUCUAGCAAACAAAUUCCCGAGAUUGUAUCUCUUAUCUGAAGGAAAGGAGAAAGAGUGCUGCCAGAUGGGAUCUAUGUGCAAUGGAACAUGGAAAUGGAAUAUUACAUGGAGAAGGAAGCUGCUAGAAAGGGAAGAAGAGGCAGCAAAGGAACUCAGUAUAGAGAUUGAGGGUGUGAAGAUUGCUCCUGGCCGACCCGAUGAAUGGGAGUGGAUUCACAGCAAGGAUUCCCGUUACUCAACUAAAACAGCGUACUCACUCUUGACAAAGGUACCGAGGUGUCCGACUCAAGAAAGGGUCUUCAAGAGAGUAUGGAAUCCCAACCUGCCAACCAAGAUCUCUGCUUUCAACUGGCAAUUGUUGCUCAACAGAUUGCCAACCAAAUCAAAUUUGCUGAAAAGAGGAUUCAGUGCAAUCAUGGGUGAUGGUAAGUGCAGCCUGUGUCAAGAAGAGGAAGAAGACGCAACCCACUUGUUUUUGAAAUGCAAAAACAGAAGAUGGAUAUGGAAGGAGUGUGAUAGAUGGUGGGGGAUCAAUAUAGAGCCACAAGAGGACUGCUGGAAGACAUUUGAACAUCUUGGGACGUGGACCAGAAAUACGAGGAUCAGAAAAGGAUGGGAUUGUACCUGGAGUGCAAUAGUAUGGUCCAUAUGGCUGAUGCGGAAUCAAAGGAUCUUCCAGAACCAAGAAAUGGACCCGGGUAAGCUUCUCGAUCUGGUCCAAAUUCGAUCGUUCUUAUGGUUUAAAGCAAAAAAAGCCUGGUGUUACUUUACUCUUUCGGAUUGGAUUAGUAAUCCUAUUGCAUGCCUCACGGAGUAUUGUGGAGGUAAAAGCUAGGGAGGAAUAGUCUGAAAGAUGGAAUUAACAUGUAGUGGCUGGGUUUUGUGUUGUUUGUGUUAAUGCACUGGGGGCUUAAUUCUCGUCACGGGCUGUGUGUCGACACUUUGAGAGGGUGUCGACACUUUAAAAGUAGGCCUCUCAAUCAGUUUUGUUAAGGGUUUGGGGUACCCCUUGUACUCCGUUUUAUUAAUAUAUAUAUUCUUUGCUG